AUGGCUUCCUCCUCAACAUCUUCAUGCUCUCCACCUGAAGGCCGCCGUUACAAGUUGCGUACAACUCCUGCAAGGCGCAAUCCACCUGAACGCCAGUCCUCUAAGAGAACCACUAGAGAACAUUCUGUCAACAGCCCUCCCAGUAAGAAGACUAUUUCCAUUGACGACUGCCUUAACGACCUAAUCCAGAUCAUUAAAAACCAUACGCAGCAGAAGGUCGGGUCAAGCAAGCACGACGAGGAGAUUGCCAAAGUGAAGCAGAUUUUGAAACAAGAUGGUUUGCCCGAGUCUGAUCCUACGUUUGCUCAUGCUUUAGUUGUUUUCAAGAACACAGUGGACCGCGGGAACUUUCUGAGCAUGGAAACGAAAGAGGGCCGCAUGAACUUGAUUGAGGCCUGCUGGGAGGUUACGAGAGACAGAUCGAAGUAG